CUUUUUAAAAUUAACAAAUGAAAUAUCUUUUAUUUUGUAUUAUUGAAACAAAAAAAUUAAUUUAAAAUUUUAAUUCUUAGGGAAAAACAACUGAUAAUUUUAUGAUUGAUUAAAUUGAUAGCAAAAUCAGCAAGCCUAGUUAUGUUUUUAUUCCUUUAUGAAUCUUUUUAAUUGUAUCUAAUACCAAUGAGAAAAAAAUUUUGUAAGCAAAAUAACCAGCUAUAUUAUGAUUUUCAGGAAAUAUAUCACAGAAUCAUCAAAUAUAUAAAACACCCUGAAUCUCAUCAGUUUUUUAUUACUAAUCUAUCAUUUUUUAUUAGUUAAUUAUAGUUUUUUGAGAAUUUUGAAAAAAUCUUAAACAAAUCACAAGAAAUUAAUUCCAAAUAUAAUUAUAAUCAAAAUGAAGAUAAACAGUGCCAUAUUUUUGGCCUUUUCUUCUCUAAUAGCACCUGCUAUUGCUUAUGGUGAAACAUAUACAGAUGAAUAUUUGUGGUAUAUGAGUUGUUUCUCAGGAGUUACAUCUAAUGUUUUAUAUUGUGAUGCACAAAAAAAAGCAGGUAGAGGAUAUAGUGUUACUACCGAUUGUGCAUGUAACUCAACUGCUGCUAUGGGAUCAAUGCUUUACUGUCUCUAUAGCCAAAUGAAUGAUCCAGUAAAAGUCGAAGACUAUGUUAUUGAAAAUUGUGCCACUCAAAAAGUAAAUUACACCCAUGAAAAGCUUCAAUCUAUUUAUAAGAAUGCCACUCGUUAUUUGGUUGAUGUUUCAGAACUUAAAGACUAUAAUGUAUCUGAAGAUUACUUUUAUUCGCCAAUUUACCAUGAUGCUGAUUAUGUUAGAAGAUACUACCAAUCCAACAAAGUUAGAUAUGAGAACAGUUAUUACGGCUGGUUAUAUGGUAUAGCGUCUAUUGCUUAUUGGGGUUGUGUUUUAGCUCUUUGUUCUGUUUUCCACUGGUCAAGAAUUUUAUUCCCCAAUUUUGUUGCAAAAUGUACUGGUCCAAUCACUCGUGCAUGGAGAGCAACUGUUAUUCUUCCUGCUACCUUUGAUAAAAAUCAUGUUGAUUCCAAAUGGCUUUUUGGAAAAUUGGAUAUUGGUCUUAUUCCAACUAGAUUUGAGUCAUUAGUUAUUUUGGGGUUUUAUGCUAUAGAAUUGGCUUUUAAUGUUUCACACAUUUAUACAAUUCCAGGUGGUAGUACAUCUCGUGCCACGAAAACAUUGGAAAUAUAUGGUUUGAUUGGUAUUAGAACUGGUGUUACAGGAGUCUGGAUUUUCCCAUUGGUUUUUCUUUUUGCUGGUAGAAACAACUUUUUGAUCUCAUUAACAGGUAUUAACCAAGCUUCAUUCAGUGCUUUCCAUCGUUGGAUUGCUCGUGCUUUCACUAUUUUGGCAUUCAUUCAUAGUUGGGCUUAUAUGGCAAUGUCUAUUAUCAAUGGUAAUAUAAAGAAUGCAAUUAAGAGACCAUAUUGGUAUUGGGGUAUGAUUUCAACUGCUUUUGCCGUAGGAAUGUGUUUCCAAGCUGUCUGGUAUUUCAGAAAGAAUUACUAUGAUUUCUUUGCUUUUGUGCAUCUUAUAUUUGGUGUUUUCUGCCUUAUUGGAUUAUGGAUUCAUUGCUGGAAACUUCGUUCAUACCACGAAUGGGAAUUUUGUGCAGGUGCUAUUUGGUGUUUUGACAGAUUUAUUAGAAUUGUUCGUUGUUGUGCCUUUGGUUUCCCUAAAGUUAAUUGCAAAAUCAUUGGAGACGAUACUAUUAAAAUCAUUGUUCCAAAACCAAGUUACUGGAAAGCCUUCCCAGGUUCCUUCUGUUAUAUUUAUUUCUUCAGACCAGCAAGAUGGUGGGAAUCUCAUCCAUUUACCAUUGUUGAAUCUGAUGGUGAUGAACAACAUAUUGUUUUCUAUAUCAAAGUCAAGGAAGGUGUCACUUUAUACAUCUAUAACUAUUUGAUGAAACAACCAGACCAUUGUGCUGAUAUCAGAGUCACAGUUGAAGGUCCAUAUGGUCAUCAUCAACCAACUAGAAAAUACUCCAAGACCCUUUUGAUUGCUGGUGGUAAUGGUAUUCCAGGUCCAUAUGCCCAUGCUUUAGAUUUAGCUUCUCGUACAUCCGAUAAACAAGUCAGAUUAUACUGGACAAUUAGAGAAUGGAAGAAUCUUGAAUGGUUCUAUGAUGAAUUAGCAAAAUUGGGACAUUAUAAAGACAGAUGUGAGGUUUAUAUUUACUGUACCAGAGGUGGUGACAUGCCAAACUUUGGAGCCAGUGAGUGUUCUUCAGAAGCAGGAUCAAUCUCUAAGGGCAGCAAUGAAAAAGGUGAUGAGCCUGUAGAUGUCCAGCAGAGAAUUUCCCAAAUCGAGGCUCUUUCAUAUAUCCACUUUGAAAAAGGCAGACCAAAUACCCUCAAAAUCCUUGAAGACGAAAUCGACACAGCUCCAGGUUCAGUUGCUGUUAUGACUUGUGGUCAUCCAAAAAUGUCUGAUGAUUUGCGUUCUGGUGUUGCUAGAAUGGUCUUGAAAAAUGACAAGAGAAUCGAUUACUUUGAAGAGAAUCAACUUUGGUAGACAUUUUCAGCUAUUCUGACCCAUUUUUGUUCUAUUUUCUGAGUUUUUUUGUUUAUUUCUUUGCUUUGUAAGAUUUUGCUAAUUUUUAUUUUCAUUUUUUUAAUUCUCCUUUUUACGAAAAUUCAAAAAUAACCUUCUUUUCCACGUUGGACUUUGUUUUGUUCUAUGAUUUUGCUCAAUAUCUUUUAUAACCAAUAAAUUACCAUUAGUUAUCAUUAAGUAUAAAUAGAUAAUGAAUAACACGCUUUCUGGGUUUCGGUAACCAUUUCUUAAGUAUAUACUACUUUUUAGACAUUUGUUCAACAUUUACCGGUUUUUGUAGCUUCCGUCCGCGAAUUUGAUUGGUCGCACAGAAUUCAGGCCCGUAAUGAGAAAA